AUGCCAAGCUUACAAGAUCUCCCCAAUGAGCUCCUUAUCCAUAUCCUGACUUUUAUCAGCGAGAAUACCCCGCCCCCUGAACAUUUGCUUGCAACGGACGACGACCAUGACGAGGAAGUCGAUCUACAAAAUCUAUGCCUUGUUUCGCGUACCUUAUGUGAGGCAGCACAGCCAUUUCUUUAUCGCUCCUUUUACACAGAUGGACUGCUAGACCACCUGAGCUCGGUCAUAUCCUUUGCAAGGACCAUCUGCCAACGUCCAGAUCUGGCAAAGCAUGUAAAGGAUUUGUCUAUCGUACCAUGCGAAGCUCAUACGACUCGGUGCAUACCGUAUGGAAAGAGCCUCAAGGCCGAGGAAAAAGCCCUUUUUAAAAGCGCAAUUCAAGACCUCGACUUGGGUGACCAAGAGCAGAUCUGGAUUCAAGGCAUGGAGGAGACAGACCUCGGCAUUUUUACCGCCAUUCUAGUCGCAAAGACCCCGAAUCUUUCAGAUCUGAGUCUGGCAGCAGGAGAAUCCUCUGUUCUCAAAGCGUUUGAUCAUCUCUUUGACCGGAACCCAUUAUUUUUAUCCGGUCUCACAGCCUUCUCCAUUGAAUGUGAAGACAUGUUCACCGCGUACCCCAUCAGUCAAUAUGAAAAGCUCCUUACUCUCCCGAAACUCAAGGCUGCGCAUUUUGAACUAGGCGACCUCAAUGGUGAUUUAUUUCCAUCUAGCUGGACCCCGGGGGCAUUGGGACUGGAGAAUAUCAUAUUCAACCAAUGCCACAUCGAUGCCAGUGCUCUUCAAAAGCUUAUGCAAGCUUGCAGGGGACUGAAGUCGUUUAACUACAUGAACUUCGAGUCAGUCCCCAGCAUGCAGCGUGCUACAAUAACGAUUCAAAACCCGCGUGCUGAGUUUAAUGCUGCGGAGGCCCAUGAAGCUAUGCUUUUGCAAAAAGACACUCUUGAGGCCUUCUGUCUUACCUACCAUCGAGAUACAAUGGCCAGGGAUAUUCAGGAACUUGAGCGGCAUAUCUCCAGUCAUGUCAAUAUUGGCUCUUUCCGCGAAUUCUCUGCUCUCAAGAAAAUUCAAAUAUCACACGCCAUUUGUCCGCUGCAUCCGGAAUUACCUAAAUGUAUCAAUGAAUUCACCAUCGAUGACUGCGAAUUAUCUUUUCGAAAGGAGAUCCGCAACAUCGCGAAGGCUUGCCGAAAAAAGCUCUAUCCCGACUUUGCGAAGUUCAAAGUUCUUACAUCGGAUGUCUCGCAACCUAUUAUGCUUCCCGGACAACAUAUACCAGACAAGGGGACUCCGCAAGAAAUUUUCAUUCAGCAUCAACAACUGUUCCAGCCAUCCAAAGUCGAUUUUCAGAUCUAUCCGUACAGGAUGCCGAAUCUAGACGAUCCGGAUUUAGACAGCGACAUGGAUGAGGACUUCGAUGGAUAUGAAGACUAUGACGGCGAGGAUUGGUAUGAUGAUAUUGAGCAGGGACCGGAGGGCUUAGUGCGGCAUAUGCAACGAACCGGGAUGGGACCUAUGGAUAUCAUCAGGUCGAUGAAUCGGCAUCGUGCAGAUGGCAGUGUUAUUCCGCCAUGGGAGGAAGAGUAA